UCGCAACAGUACGUUUCGACGUUAGAUAGUGUGUGCCAUAUAUAGAUUUAAAAAUUUGCCAAUAAAGACAAGAUACAUCUUUGCCUAUCAUUAAACCUAUUGAACCGGCUACGCAAACAAAUGAUUCGUCAUUGCUGUUAUAAUUUUAAAUAAAUUUCAUUUCAGAGCAAAAUUUUAUUAAAUGAAGAAUGAAUAUUUCUUUGCCUACCUUGGACUUUGAGCUUACACUUUAAGCGAGUUGUCAGUAAAAACAUUUCCCAAGAGGAGGGCUUACGAAAAAAUACGCAAUAUUGUUAGCGGCGGAGAACUUUUAAAAUAUUAACAAUUUUCUGGAAUUUUCAAUGUUCAAAAAAGCUGUACGAGCUGUUAUUUUAGGUCCACCAGCCUCCGGAAAAGGUACUAUAUCUAAGCGCAUAGUUGAGAAAUUCGACUUUGUGCACAUAUCUCCUGGUGAUAUAUUACGUUCGAAUAUUGAAAAACAAACCAAACUGGGUAAAAAAGCAGAAACAUAUGUAAAUCAAGGCAAAUUGGUACCCAAUGAAUUAAUCAUUAAAUGUAUGACGGAUCAUCUUAAAGAAGUGAAAAAUAAAUCUUUCUUAUUAGAUGGUUUUCCUCGCAAUGUGACACAAGCGAAAAGCUUAUCUACAAUACAGAAGAUAAAUGCUGUCAUAAAUCUAAACGUACCGCAUGAAGUAAUUAUAGAACGUAUCGAGGGACGGUGGAUACACUUAAAAUCUGGUCGUGUAUAUAAUACCGGAUUUAAUAAACCUAAGAUUCUUGGUAAAGAUGACAUUACUGGUGACGACCUGGUAAAACGUAAUGAUGAUAAAGUUGAUAUCCUCGCUGAACGUUUAAAAAUUUAUGACGCAAUGAUUAUGCCUGUGCUGGAAUAUUAUCAACAAUCUCCUGGCUUAAUAACAACAUUUAAGGGCAGCACAACAAACGAAAUAUGGCCGAAAGUGGAAAAAUUUAUCAUAGAUUUACAAAACUCAUUAGCAGAGGGUGAAAAAAUUUAGAAGGACAUUCCAUUCAGGUAGCCUCUUGUAUGAUUUAAUUUUACACUACGAGAAACCAUGAUGUGCAAAGCAACCUAUUAACGCCAAACUAUUGCGUUAGUAACCAGAUAUCCUUUCCGCGAAAUCUUUUUCGGUAGCCUAUUUUUCCGUAGUUCAUUUCACUUUCCACAGGCGUAUGUCAAAAUCUUCUCCUUGCGUAGAUUAGACAAAAUUAACUGUUGCAUUUAUCUGCUUGUCUUCUCGAUUACAUUUUAAUUUUAAAUUAAUUUAGUUUUCUUAACAGAAAAAUCCUCAAUCAUGAUUUCAUGUACGGGACGUUACCUGCCAAUAACAACGUUUAAACAUUGUUUUAAAAACAAUGCAAGUUAUAUUAAUCUACAUAUGUAAGUAAAAAUGUUUGCAAACGCAAAACCAGAUUGUUUAAUAUCUACUAAAAGAAUGGUUUCUUUUUGUUUACUAAAUUUUUAAAGAAUAAAUUUAUGUUAUAUUACGAAAAGUAAUAACUUAAAAUUUGAUUAAUAACUAAAACGAUUAUUUAGGUUCACAUAAAUAAUAAUAAAGCUUAUCAGAUUAUUGUAAUUGUGUGAAAGUGAUAGUAAAUAACUUUCAAAAAUAACAAAGAUUACUAUGUCCUUAUGUUAUCCUGAAAUUCACUUGUAAACCUACUCUACAUUAUUAACAAAACAUAUACUAAAACAAAUUUGCUGCGAAAUUCUUUUUUGGUACAA